CACCUCUGUGAGCAACUGAUCGAGGUUCAAACAACGGCGCUAAAUAAAAUGAGCAUGCGUGGAGCUGUGGUUGGCUGUAUGGUGUUGACAUGCCUUGUGGCCCUGCUGGUUGAGAGGACACAAGGACACAUCACCUUCUUUAGCCCAAAGGAGAUGUCGGACAUGAGGAUGCUAAAGCAACGAGAGGGUAGAAAGGACAUGGCGCCUCGUUCAGAGGACGGUCAGUGCGAAGAAGUUGCUGUCCAACAGCUUCCUCAAACUGAGCAUGGGGGAAAGCCAGAUAAAACAGUGGAUACCACAGCACAUCUUUCACUCAAACAGCUUGACCAAGUCGCUCCUGUGCUAGAGGAGCUCAUCCAUGAAAUUGUUGAGCAACAACAAGCCAAGUAG